AUGCCAACUAGUACAACAACAAAUCCAACUAUUGAUGAAUUAGAUAAAUAUUUAAAAAUGUCAAUUGAUGAUCAAUAUAGAGUAUCCAAUUCAUUAAUUUUUUGGCAGCACCAUCAAGACAAACUUCCUUAUUUAGCAAAACUAGCACGACGGCUGUACUCUAUUCCUGCAACGUCAUCAUGUGUGGAGAGACAGUUUCGUGCUAGUGGUCUACUAAUUAAUGAACGAAGAUCAUCAUUAAAUCCUGAUACUGUUCAAAAUGUAUUAUUUGUUCGAUCUAUUCAAAGAACACUUCAGUACAAUCCAAACAUGUUUUCUCUGCAAAAAUGA